CUGAGUGCGAGAAUGUGUCUUUGCUGUUUAAUGUUGUUAAUAUGAAGGUCUUGGUAAAUAUAAAGAUAAAUUAAACCCACGUUACUUCUCGUAAGUGUUCCAUCUCUUCAGCUGUGACGAAGUUCUCUAGGUAUAUGACCAAAGGCGAUUUAGAUACUAUAUGGCUCUGAUAAGCAGGGUGUUUGCAAGAUUCGCUCGACGUUAACGGUUUCUGCGCGCCAUCGUGACUGUGCGCGUUGGCCGACCCGGCGGCGAGCCCUAACAGCAAUAUUGAUUUCAAAGAGUUCAUUAUGGAUUUAGUCUCUGACUGAAUAUGAGAAGUGAAAACUGUAAGUUCAUUCUCAUCUCCGGCACGACUGUAGAAAAGUUAACACCCUCCAUGGCCACCAAUGAAAUCCUACGCCAUGAUAAGGAGAGAACAUGCACGGUUGAAACACCAAUUGUUUGCGUAGAAAUGAGCUCCCCUGUUUAGCGUCGCAGCAGCCCGUUGAUCAAGCUCAUUAGUGGAGAGCUCUAGCGCAGAUCCAGGGUUACGGGGUCGUGCAUCGUCAGAUCUAACCCCUGACCUGCCUGAUCUGCAGGUAGCUCAGCUACGUAGAUGGCUUGUAUUUGACCCCGCGAGUUCCCGUUCGGUUGGGUUCGAGAGAAUUGAUGAUGAAAUUAAUCAAUUCAAGUCAUAAUGAAGGUCGGAAGCAAAGAUCUCUUAUUGUCACUGCUAAAAGGCACAGCAGUAGCCUGGAAACAUAUCGAUGAAGACGAAUUCCGUCGGGCCAUAGGAGGUCAUAAUCAUGCCUUAGUUGCGUUUAUAGAACCUUCAACUGCGGCAAGUCAAGCUCUGGAGCCAGAAUGGACAUCGGCGAUAGAAUCAGAGACGAAGGGCUUAAUGAGCAUAGACUGUGCCUCCACGAAAAGCUUAUGCCAGGAAUUUGGCAUCAUCUCAUAUCCCGCACUGCGUUUCUUCGACGGCCAUGGAAAAAUGACUUCGUAUAGAGGUCCUAGAAGGGCGUCUUCUAUCCUCUCAUACCUAAAGCGAGCGGUUCGUCCCUCCGUCACGGCACUAAAAUCAGAGUCAAAAAUCAGCAAAUUCCAAUCCGGUGACGACUAUGCGGUAAUCGCGCGGAUCAACGCUCAAGACCCUCACAUCAAAAUAUUGUACGAAAAAGUCGCCUCCCAGUACAAGGACCGAUUAUCCUUUGGGUCAGUGGAGACGACGGGUGCGACGACAGUGUCAUGCAACAACAACCGCGAUGGCCAGCAGUUCACUAUCUCAGAUCUAACAAGCAUCAACGCUCUACCUAAGCUCGUCGAAAGUUGUCUCGAACCUGUGAUUGGGGAGUUUACGCGGGCGAAUGAGAUGAAGUACCUGCAAACUGGUAAAUCAAUUGUCUUCUACUUCGUCACGUCGUCCCAAGAGCGGGAUUCCUACGUAUCCGCGAUGCGGUCCGUAGCUAAGAUGUACAAGGAGUACCUAAGCUUCGUGACAGUCGACGCCGGUGAGUACGGCGACCUCGCAGCACCGCUGGGCUUGGUGCCCGGCGCCUUUCCCGCGUUGUCGGUGCAGAACCCGAUGUUCGGCCAAGUAUUCCCGUAUCCGCGAGCGAAGCAGAUCACUCCCGAGGCUGUGGGCGGCUUCUUGAUGGAUAUUGUACAGGGUAAAGUGCAACCAUGGGACGGGACGUUUGCCACGGACGCAGCUGGUGAGCAUGCGCAUGAUGAACUGUGAGAUAUAAGAAUUCGGGCAGGGCAUUGGAUCAAGCAAUGAAUGUGUAAGCAUAGUUUCAUGACAA